AUGACAGAGGAAAUGCCAAGUACAACAUCUCCUCCAACCACAACAUAUGAUCUGGUGGAAAUUGAUGUGAUGCUUGAACUGAGGAUUCCUCUCUCCAGUGUUCAAGCUGAUAUUCUUGAUUUAUUUAGAAAGACUCUGAAAAAUGAAACCUUCCCUAUAACCAUCUCCCAAUCUUUGGAAGUAAAAGAGUUGCUGUUUACCACAGCCUGCUCUCCAAACUCCACUAACGGACUCAUUUGUAAUUGUGAGGAUGGUUUUGCUUGGCCAUGUGAGAUGUGCAACAACAGUAAUUCAUGCAGUGAUGUCAGAGGUCAGACCUGUACAUGCAUUUAUGGACUUCCAUCUGACAAUGAGUUCUGUCAGCCAAUCACAAAUAACUCUUUCUGCCCAACCGCUACUCCAGUAUUGACAACAAUGACAGAGGUAACGCCAAGUACAACUCCAUCUCCUCCAACAACAACAUAUGAUCUGGUGGAAAUUGAUGUGAUGCUUGAACUGAGGAUUCCUCUCUCCAGUGUUCAAGCUGAUACACUUGAGUUAUUUAGAAAGACUCUGAAAAAUGAAACCUUCCCUAUAACCAUCUCCCAAUCUUUGGAAGUAAAAGAGUUGCUGUUUACCACAGCCUGCUCUCCAAACUCCACUAACGGACUAAUUUGUAAUUGUGAGGAUGGUUUUGCUUGGCCAUGUGAGAUGUGCAACAACAGUAAUCCAUGCAGUGAUGUCAGAGGUCAGACCUGUACAUGCAUUUAUGGACUUCCAUCUGACAAUGAGUUCUGUCAGCCAAUCACAAAUAACUCUUUCUGCCCAACCUCUGCUCCAGCAGGGCCAACAAUGACAGAGGCAGUGCCAAGUACAACACCAUCUCAUCCAUCAACAGCUUAUGAGGUGCUUGAUGUGGUCUAUGAAGUGUUCAUCCCAGUGACCAGCGCCCCACCAAGUUUACUUGACUUGUUCAGAGCGACUCUAAAAAAUGAAAGCUUCCCUUUAAUCCUCUCACCUUCAUUAACAGUAAUAGAACUAAAUCUAACCAAAGUCUGUGAGCCAAACUCCAAUUAUGGCCUGCAAUGUAAAUGUGAGGAUGGUUUUGCCUUGCCAUGUGAUAUGUGCAACAGCUACAAUUCAUGUAGUAGUGACAGCAGUCAAACCUGCACAUGCAUAUAUGAACCUUCCUUUGUUGACCAGUACUGCCAGCCAAUCACUGAUUUCCUUCUGUGUCCUGGUACAUUGAAUACAACAACCGCACCAGUGGUGACAAAUGCAACAACACUAGAAAUAAUUGUUGAGACCAAAUCAACAACAGAGCCAGAAAUGACCACGGUGACAAACGCAACUACAAUGCCAGAAAUGACCACAGUGACAAACGCAACAACAAUGCAAGAAAUCACCACAGUCACAAACGCAACAACAAUGCCAGAAAUGACCACGAAAUUACUGUGGUGA